UAUAAUGGAGGUUUUCUGCUAAAUUGCCAUUAACGAUUUUGUCUAAUUUACUUGCUAGUUUGUGACAUGUUAUAAACCUACGGAAUGGAGUAGCCGAUACUCCAAUUGAUUGUAAAACAUGAAAGUAACAGAGCAAUCGAUUCACACUCUAUUGAAAAACUGCAAUUCAAUCUCUCACCUCAAACAAAUUCACGCCCAAACACUACGCCACAAUCUCCAUGAGCAUCAACAUUCCAUAACUUCCUCCAUUGUUGAUGUCUACACUUUUCUCUCUCCUCGCCACACCCAUCUCCUCUUCACUUCUCUCGCUCACCAUGCCACUGUAUUUCUCUUCAAUCACUCAAUCAGAGCCUUUUCUAAAACCCCAUUUCUCUGCCAUGAAUCCUUGCAUUUGUACCUUCAAAUGGUGCGACAUAAUUUUAAACCCGACAAUUACACUUACCCUUUUGUACUUAACUCGUGUGCUGCUCUUUGUGACCUUAAUAAUGGUGCUGAGGUUCAUGGGCGUGUUUUGAAAUCUGGGUUUUGUUCAAUUGUUGAAGUCUUUAAUGCUUUGAUUGAUAUGUAUGGGAAAUGUGGGAAGUUGAGUUGUGCCCGCCAAGUGUUCGACGAAAUGCCUCACAGAGAUGUAGUGUCUUAUAAUGCUGUUCUUGGUGCAUAUGCUAGGGGUGGGGAAGAUAUGAGGGAUGCCCAGGUUGUUUUUGAUGGAAUGCGUGUUAGGAAUUUGAUUACUUGGAAUGCUAUGGUUGUGGGGUAUGUGAAUGGUGAUGAUUUGGAUUCUGCUCGGGCAACGUUUGAUAAGAUGUUAGAUAAAAAUGUUGUUACUUGGACUACAAUGUUAGUUGGAUAUACUAAGAAGAAGAUUAUGGGUGUGGCUAGGAUCCUUUUUGAAGCUAUGCCUGAGAAGACUUUAGUUUGUUGGACUGCUAUGAUCUCUGGGUAUGCUCAAAAUGGACAACCGAAUGAAGCAUUGGCUUAUUUUCGUAGUAUGCGAAAAGCACAUGUUAAGCCUGAUGCUUUUGCUAUGACUGCUGUUAUAUCAGCCUUGGCUCAGUUAGGGCGCCCUGAUUUGGCCAAUUGGAUCAUGACUUUAAUGGAUCAAGAAGGCAUUGAGCGAAACGAAAAGGUCCUUACUUCCCUAGUUGACAUGCAUGCUAAAUGUGGGAAUAUUGAAGAAGCGUGUCGGUUGUUUGAGGAGAUUCGUCAACCAGAUGUAUAUCCUUAUAGUGCACUGAUAACAGGCCUUGCUUCGCACGGCCAUGGUAUCCGAGCCCUUGAUGUUUUUCACAAAAUGCUGAUGGAAAAGGUAGAACCUGAUUAUGUAACUUUUGUUGGUGUAUUGAAUGCGUGUAGCCAUACAGGACUUGUUGAAGAUGGUUUAGCCUAUUGGGAAAGCAUGAUAAGUGAUUACAAGAUUGAGCCAGAUGCAGAUCAUUAUGCUUGCAUAAUUGAUAUGCUUGGACGAGCUGGGAGACUUGAGCAAGCAUAUAAGAUGCUAAAGAGUAUGCCAAUGGGUCCUCGCCCUGGAGCUUUAGGCGCCCUGCUUGCUGCCUGUCGAACUUAUAGCAAUGUUGAUAUUGCAGAACUUGUUGCCCAGGAACUGUUUAUAUUAGAACCUCAUAAUACUGGUAACUAUAUGCUUCUCUCUGGUAUCUAUGCUGAAAGAGAGCAAUGGGAUGAGGCAGAAAGGGUUCGAAAAUCUAUGAGGGAAAAGAUCUCCACUAAACUACCUGGUUGUAGUUGGGUUUAGUCUAACAGAUACAGCAAAGGUUAUGGUUGCCCAGAGAAAAGAGAGCACUAUGUGGAUGAGCUAAAAAGGGAAAACGGGCUAUGUAACCAUGGUAACUGCAAUUGUGAAGUACGUAUAUAAUAAGGAUACAUAUACAAUUAAAGUCAGCCAUCCUUUUGAUUACAAUACACCUUCCUUUUCAUUACAAAAAGGAUGUCUUUACGUUGGAAUUAGCAGAUUUAUUACCUUGCUGACUUAUGUCAACGGUCUCUCCAUCAAUUCACUAUGUUUUAACCAGUACCCUAACAUGCUCGAAUCAGAAUAACAGCGCCCCUAGAUUGAUCAAGGUAUCAUGGUUGCUGGCUUGUACAUUUGAAACAGCACAAAAAUAUUUCAAGUCAACGUCUCAUGAAGCUGAUCUUGAGAGUGAGACUGCCAGAUGUGCCUGAGCUGAGAAGGGUGGCUCCUAAUCCAUCUCAAGAUGAGCAAUGGAGCUAGUGAUGUUGCAGAGGAACGUUAUAUUGUGUAGGCCAAAGACCUAGAAAGUCAGGUUCGGGACAAGCUUAGCUUUGGGAUCCUGGUGAGGCAUUAAGCAUACCAUCUUUUGCUGAUACCACGAGAAGGACUCCAAUAAAACCAAAGGUGAGAAUGGCCGACGCUCCUAUCCACACUCUCAUGGCAGACAUGUUUGGGACAACAAUAGCAAAUAUGCAGUAUACUACUCCU